AUGCUGCAUUUGAAAAGAAUUACCAGAAUAUUCUUCUUCUUCUUCCGCCUCCCCCACCUCCUCCUGCUCCUCUUCUUCUUCCCCCCCCCACUUCCUUCCUCUUUUCUUCUUCCCCGCCAACCCCCGCCAACCCCCCUCCUCCUGCUUCUUCUUCUUCUUCCCCACUUCUUCUUCUGCCUCCCCACUUCUUCUUCUUCUUCCGCCUCCCCCACCUCCUCCUGCUCCUCUUCUUCUUCUUCUUCCCCACUUCUUCUUCUGCCUCCUCUUCCUCCUCCUCCUCCUCCUCCUCAUCUUCUUCUUCUUCUUCCACCUGCACCACCCCCUCCUCUUCUUCUUCCCCACUUCUUCUUCUUCUUCUUCUUCCGCCUCUCCCACCUCCUCCUCCUCUUCUUCUUCUUCUUCCCCACUUCUUCUUCUUCUUCUUCUUCUUCUUCCGCCUCUCCCACCUCCUCCUCCUCUUCUUCUUCCCCUUCUUCUUCUUCUUCUUCUUCUUCUUCUUCUUCUUCUUCUUCUUCCUCUCCCACCUCCUCCUCCUCUUCUUCUUCUUCCCCUUCUUCUUCUUCUUCUUCUUCUUCUUUCUUCUUCUUCUUCUUCCGCCUCUCCCACCUCCUCCUCUUCUUCUUCCCCACUCUUCUUCUUUUCAUCUUUUCUUCUUCUUCUUCUUCUUCUUCUUUCGCCUCCUCCCCCUCCACUUCUUCUUCUUCCCCUUCUAUUCAUCUUCUUCUUCUUCUUCUGUCUCUUCUUCUUCUGGACAAUGAUCUCCUCUCCUCCUUUCUUUUCUUCUUCCCCCUUCGUUGGAGCUUCUUCAGUUUCUUCUUCUUCUUCUUCUGGUGUGUGUCCAUUUUUUUUUCUUCUUCCCCCCAAAUUUGUCUUCUUCUUCUUCUUCUUCUUCUUCCGCCUCUCCCCUGUAACAUUCCUUCCUUUUUCCGGUGCUCCCUCUCCUCCUCCCUCUUCUUUCUGUUGAGUUUCUUCUUCUUCUUCCGCAAAUUCCACCUCCUCAAAAUUUUUCAAAACUCUCUCUUCUUCUUCUUCUUCUCUCCGCCCUUCUGCCUCCUCUCUUCUUCUUCCAAUUCGGAUCUUCUUCCCUUCCAUUUGGAAGGAGUUCUUCCCUUCUUCUUCUUUUCCUUCUUUUCAUUCUUUCUCUUUUCUUUCUCCUCCUCUUCUUCUUUCUCUCUCUUCUUUCCCUUUUUUAAUAAAAAGUCUUCUCGUCAGCUGUCUCUUCCUUUCCAUCUCUCCUAUCUCUCCUUCCUAUCUAAAAAUUAUUUUAUUUCUUAUUCUUCUCAUCUUUCCUCUCUUCAUCCUCAAAUUUCAUUUUAUAAUGUCUCAUUUUACGUACCAAUCUUCCUCUUGUUAAAUUCAACGAAGAAUUCCAUUAAUCAAUUUAAAAUAUUUAUUUUCAUCCGAAAAAAAAAAAUUUGUCCAGCCUCCUCUUCCCCUUCUUUUUCUUCUUCUAUUUAUUACAUAUUUCUUUUCAAAGAAUUCCUUAUUCUUCUUCUUUUUCUUUCUUUUUUUUCCUUUUUUCUUCUUCUCUAA